GUUGCGCGGCUGUUGGGCCUCAAAGCCUCCGUGGAAGGCGGUUUCCGCCUUCGCGGUUACCACUUUACGCCUACGAAGCGCGGUCACGGAUCCUGGUUGGUUUGCGCCUCCGGCGACCGUUACACUGAGUCUGAGACCGACUCCCUCGGCGUCUCGUCUGAAGAGUGAAGCCCUCGCCUCCGCGUCGGUGGCCGUCGUCCCCGGCCGCCGCCUGCCUGCCUGCCUGCAAUGGGGAGGCCGCCGGGCGCGACCCUGGCCCAAUCCUCCCUGACAUCCCUCCGCCGCUUCCGCGGGAACUCGCCGCUGCCGCCUUCGCGCGCGUCGGCGCUCCGGGGGGCGGCGGCGGUGCUGCUCCUCGCCGCCGCGGUGGCGCUGCCCUGCGCCGUGCUGUACCGCGCGGCGGUUGAUACCACGGCGCCGGUGUACGUCCCGCGGGCGCGCCGGCCCUUGUUGCAGUGGGACCCGCCGCCGCUUCCUCCGGCUGAGGUCCCCGAGGAGGACGGCGAAUUCGAUCCUUUCCCCACCGGCGAUCUGGACAGCGAAGGUCUCAGACUAGAGCUUGUUCUGCAGGAGGCUUCCAUGGACAAUAAGACCGUGAUAUUGACGACUCUCAAUGCUGCAUGGGCUUCACCGGGCUCAGUGAUAGAUCUUUUCAUUGACAGUUUCCGUCGUGGUGUUGGGACUAGUUCCCUUUUGAGGCAUCUUGUGAUAGUUGCAUUUGAUUGGAAGGCAUAUCAACGAUGUGUUAAGAUCCAUCCCUACUGCUUUGCUCUUACAACUGAGGAUGUGGAUUUUUCUCAAGAGAAGAGGUUUCAGACUGCUGGGUAUCUGCAAAUGAUGUGGAAAAGGCUGGAUUUCUUGCGGCUAGUGCUUGAAAAAGGUUACAGCUUCGUUUUCUCGGAUGCCGAUAUCAUGUGGUUCCGUAAUCCUUUUCCGUUCUUUUAUUCUGAUGGAGACUUUCAAAUUGCAUGCGAUCACUAUGUAGGCAAUGCAACGGACUUGAGGAACAUAGCCAAUGGAGGAUUCAACUAUGUGAAAUCAAAUGAUCAAAGCAUAGAGUUUUACAAGUUUUGGUAUUCUUCUCGAUAUAGAUAUCCUGGGUAUCAUGAUCAGGACGUAUUUAAUUUUAUAAAGCAUGAUCCUUACACUACAGAUAUUGGUCUGACAAUUAAGUUCUUAAGUACUUCAUACUUUGGUGGCAUUUGUGAGCCAAGCAAAGAUUUAAACAAGGUUUGCACCAUGCAUGCAAACUGUUGUAUUGGACUGCAGAGCAAAAUUCAUGACCUAAGAAUCAUGAUGGAAGACUGGAGGAACUAUAUGUCGAUGCCACCAAGCUUAAAAAGUUUUGGAGCAUUGUCAUGGAGGGUACCACAAAAUUGCAGUCUCUCAUUACUAAGCCCAUGAGGCAUGCUUGUGGAGUCGAAACAGUUCAUUACUGCAAAACAUGUCAACAUUUGAGUGUAUGCUUUUGGAAGGAUAUACUUCAAAGGAGCCUGAACAGGGCUAAACAAUGAGGAACGCCAAAAGAGAUUAGUAAUCUACACUGCUUCAAACAUUCGUGAAGAAAGGAAAGUCUGGUGCGCGGUUAAUAUCGUUUCUCCCAGUUUUAUACAUUGGACUAAUGCUGUGCAUCUCAUCAUUGGAAAAUCAACCAUGCGUUGAAGUGAGCGCGACAGCAAGAGUCAAGUUGUCCAACAGAAGUAAAGUAAGCUGGUUCUGACCUCUGAGCAUGGGACAAGUGGCUGCCCACCUGUUAUUGGCAUGGUCCCAUUUUCCAGGUGAGGGCGAGAUUCUCUUCUUGGUAGUCAGAAAAUUUGGUACAUGAAGCAAUUGUUCUUCAAGCGCACUUGUGCAACGGCUCUCAAUUUUGGGCAUUACUUCGACAUGAACAAUUUCCUCGAGAAAUAUUGAUUUACUCUUUAAUUUACUUUAGGUGGGAAAAUGAGAAGGAUGAAAUAUGAACGGUCAAUUUAAUUAA